AUCAAUUCACGUCAAACAGGUCAAACAGCAUCAAUUUGUCAUUGGGUUUCGGGUCAUCGUGCAGGGUGAAAAUCGUGUUAUUUCCUCAUUAAGUCCCCUUGUGAGUUACUGUGAACCGAUCUCAGCGUGACCAUGGCUGAUCUAGACGAUUUCUUCGCCAAGAAGGACCGCAAGAAGAAAACGUCCAAAAAGUUCACCACAACGGAAGAAGUGGCCAAGAAGCUGGAAGACACCGCCAAGAAGACGGAGAAGCAGAAAAAGGAGCGGGUGCCCGAAAGCGAGGAGGACCGGACGCCAGGACAUGACCAGGAUGAGUGGAAGGAGUUUGAAGAAGAGAAAAAGGAUUACACUGGCUUGAAGAUCGGACACUUGUCGAGCAAUCCCAACCAAGAGAACCACUCGGUGAACCCAGAGGCUGGAUCGGGCGACCAAACUGAUGGGGGCGACAAUGGCGCGGAGGCAGAUCGCAAGCCUGGACCCUGGAAAAGAAUCGAUGUGCAGUCGGAUGGCGUGGUCGAAGAAGCGGCACCAGUGCCUCGCCCAGAGCAGCCCAAAGAAGCGCCUUCUGAGGGACCCACAAAAUACCGACCUCCCGGCAUGAGACAUCAAGCCCAACACGGGAACUCGGCACCUUCCCGCUUGAGACACCACAAAGGCGUGGCUCCCGAUAUUCACAACGAAGACUAUUUUCCCACACUCAGCAAAAGCGGCGACAAUAAGAAAACUCGUGGUGAGGGUAGUUUUGAGGUGGUGCAGCAGCACCGCUCCUCCUCCCAUCGCCAACAAAUGGAACACUCAAGGGGCUCCAGUGGUCCCCAACUCAACCUAGGCAACCGGUACAACACGCUCAGCAACGAUAGCUAGUAGGGGGGCCCGAAACCAGCAGCGGCACUCCAAGGGGGAUGUGCUACCUCGAUAGCAAAAGUAUUAAAUUGGGACGUUCCUCUCGAUCAGCCGGGACAGAGCCGCUGCUUCUAUGGCCCCAUAGUUGGCCUGCCAAUCAAACGUUUAUUUUUAAUCUAUAGUAUAUUGAAAAAUUUAAAAAACCGAUUGCAAUUUGCUCUGUACUUCGGGGGCAGAUUUCUAGGAAGAAUUUUUUCAAAAUUCAACUCAAGCGCACUUCCCCCAUCCAGUAUUUCCACCGAAUAUUGUGAUAUUUUUAAUCUACUGACCAGCGCCCCGUAGGUUGGAGAGAGACAGUGAAGGUUUUUGUAGAUGGGGCUGGCCCUUCGGCUAGGCCCCUAGAUACCUUCAGAGAUGGGGGAGGGUGGACGCCACAUUUCAGGGCGUUUUCUUAAGUACUCUGGUUUUAAUUGAAUUCAUGUUUUUUUUUAUCUAGUAGACCUGAUACCGACUAAAUAGCUAAACGAAUUGGUUGUAAAUUUUUUUAUAUUAAAUUAUAUUCUCAA